AUGUCGAAGCCCUCCUGGAUCCAAUAUGGCGUGCCGACGCUCGACCGCCCAUUUGGCCUGCAGCUGUGGCCCAUCUUCGAGAAAGCGUUCGAAUCCGUCAAAGGCUACAAGCCGCAAGACUUCCGAUUUGUGCCUGGGGAGACGCCCAUGUCGACGCUGAAAGCGACCGCGACCAUGUUGAUAACAUACUACAUUGUAAUAUUUGCCGGGAGGGAGGUCAUGCGGAGUCGCCCGGCGUACUCGCUGAACGGGCUGUUCAAGAUUCACAAUUUCUACCUUACGGCGAUCAGCGGUGUCUUGCUGGCGUUGUUUGCGGAGCAGUUGAUACCGGAGCUGUGGAGGAAUGGCGUCUUUCACGCUAUCUGCAAUCAUGAGGGCGGGUGGACGGAUAAGUUGGUUGUUCUAUACUACCUGAAUUACCUCACUAAAUACCUCGAGCUGAUAGACACCUGCUUCCUCUUCCUCAAGAAGAAGCCUCUGACCUUCCUCCAUACCUACCACCACGGCGCAACCGCACUGCUCUGCUACACCCAGCUCAUCGGCCACACCUCCGUCUCCUGGGUGCCCAUCACGCUAAACCUCAUGGUCCACGUCGUCAUGUACUGGUACUACUUCCAGUCCGCGCGCGGCAUCCGCAUCUGGUGGAAGCAAUACAUCACCAUGAUGCAGAUCAUCCAAUUCGUGCUUGAUCUCGGCUUCGUCUACUUCGCCUCCUGGACCUACUUCACCUCGACCUACUUCCCCUGGCUCCCGAACGCAGGCCAAUGCGCAGGCGAGGAGUUCGCGGCCAUCGCUGGGAUCUGCAUCCUGAGCUCCUACCUCGUCCUGUUUAUUGGCUUCUACCUCGCGACGUACAAGAAGCCGGUCAAGAAGGGCAGGAGCCGCUCCAGGAGCGCGCUGAUUGAGAUGAAGGAUGAGAGGGUCCCGACGGGGCACGAGGCGAGGCCGAAUGGGUUUGCGACGAGCUCGGAGAAGAGCGCGGAUGGGCAGCUGCCGCGGUCUAGGAAGGCGUAG